UAGUAAAACAACCAAAACUCCACAAUGGAGAGCCUAUCGACCGCCGCAUCUAUAAUGGGCAUUAUUUCCAUUUCAUUUGAAUACUCUCGUAUCAAAAUCUCCUAUGAUUGCCUCAAGGUGAAAGAUGAAAGUUUUGGGAGUAUGGCCAAACUCAAGCCGACAAUCAAAAGGGUACACGAUAGCCUUUCCAAUCUCACCUCGUCAAUGGAAAGACUAUGCGAUAUCCUUCAGAUGCUCAAGAUCAAGCCACGAAAUGCCAUGUGUCCGCUGCCAGUAGAAGAAGAGCUAGCGGUUGGCGAGUGUGCUUCCGACCUGAUAAAACUUGAAAGUCUGGUACGAAGGAUACAGCAAGAAACGCCCGAUACGGGGAAUACUUUACGCAAUACUUGGCGGGGAUAUCCAAUGGUUCUGAGAGAAGAGCAUGUCGAGGAAAUGCUGGCUAUUUUGGAGACCCAUAUCAAUGCCUUGGAGCCUUUGGCUCGCAUGCCUUCUAGGUAUGCCCUCCUCCAACUACAAUGUUGUUAGUGGCAGUCUAACUGUGUCCUUAUACAGCGUCAGCCAACCGAGAAGUUCUGAGCAUUUCACUUGUGUGUCAGAAAGGUUGAUGGACGAAAUGGGUUCGGCAAACUUUAUACCCGUAUGGGACCCCCCCACCCCAAACUCGGUCCGUCUUCGAGACGAUGAAGGCCGAAAGGUUCUGGCCAGUGAUGAACAAGACGGGUUUUCCAGCCGCGUGAAGAACGCAAUGCAGCGAUUGCAUGAUGAAGACAUUACAUUUUCCAGACUACAAUUAUAUAACCUGUUGUGUCUCCUUAGGGAAAUAAACGGUCUGAAGGAAGACGAGGAGGAAACCGAUAUCCAGGGGGAAACCGAUAUCCAGGGGGAAACCGAUAUCCAGGGGGAAACCGAUAUCCAGGGGGAAACCGAUAUCCAGGGGGAAACCGAUAUCCAGGGGGAAACCGAUAACCAGGACGAAACCGAUAGCCAGGACGAAACAGAAUACAAGGCUUUCAGAAGGCAAAGUCAUAUAUGCGCGCGACGGCUAGCGAACCUUGCGAAAACAAAACUAUCAAGGUCCCGCCCAUCGAUGGAGGCAAGGAACAUCAUCCUGACCUUAAAAGAAUUCAUCUCGGAAGUAGAAACAAGGUCGGAUCCACAAAAUCACAACCCCGUGUCCUUAACAGGGAAACGGAAGGCUGAAGCGGGAUCUGGGAGUGAAAUUCCUAGUCAUGGGAAUGAUUCGCACAAUUUCAAGAGGGCUAGACGCAUGAGUGUACGGUAUUGGUGGCCGUCUAUGACGACGCGGAAAUCAACAGUGAAAAUCCAGGAGUGUGGGCGUCUUGCAGUUGAAGAUGGCACGAAUAUAUGCUAGAAAUACAAGGUUGGACUUAACUAUUAAUGCCUCUGUUUUUAGUAAUCGUGGACACGCUGCUCUUAUGUUUCUGACGCCACCGCUCAGUUGUCAGUUCACGCCACUGGAUCCAGGCCAUACCUCGCAGGGACUAACUCUAAUUGGCUCCCCGCAAAUCUAAAAUUUAGCUUAUCGCCUUGUCGGCUUCAAUACGGCGAUACGGCGGGGUUCCUACAUUGUUUGAGCCGUGAUCGGCAAUUAGUUCGAUUUAUUGGCCAAGAUGAAUUGG